CCAGCGCUGGAAGUUAGUGUGGACUCUCUCUGGGUUAAAUGUCGAUGUGUUUUUGUGGACUCACCGUCUUGAUACACUCCCUGGGAUUAUAUAACCUCGGACAGGCUGCUCAGCCCUCAGAACUCGCUCCCACAGCGUCGCACAGAUGGGUGAACAGAAGAAAAGCUCCGAGGGAGUGAAAUACUACAGACUGGCAGAGAUAGAGCAGCAGAACUCCUUCAAAUCUACGUGGAUCAUCAUCCACAACAAAGUCUACGAUGUGACCAAGUUUCUGGAGGAGCACCCCGGAGGAGAGGAGGUGCUGAGGGAGCAGGCGGGAGGAAACGCCACGGAGAGCUUCGAGGACGUCGGACACUCCACCGACGCCCGAGAGAUGGCCAGCAGCAUGGUGAUCGGAGAGGUGCACCCGGACGACAGACACAAACUCUCCCAGCCUGCGGAAACACUGGUGACCACUGUGAAGGAAGAGCCCAGCUGGUGGUCGAACAUGCUGAUCCCCGCACUGGUUGCACUCAUCGUCACGGUGAUAUACCACAUGUACUCCUCUGAAUGAUGUCAUCACACACACUGAUGUGAUGUCACCAGCGGGCACCGACUUCUGAUUGACAGCCAAUAGCAGUGAGAGGUUGCCAUGGCUCCUCCUCACAGCGUAGGGUGGCGUUUUUAGAGCAGACGAGCGGCGGCUGCGGACCACCUGACCAAAUAGACACACCCCCGCAGGAGCGUCUGUUCUAGGAUCACUGACUCUACGCCAGUAAUGACCCUGUAAUUCAUUUCAUCCUGUUUAACCUAUCAACCAAUCACGUGGCAUUAUGUUAAUGAAGUAAUUUACAUUGUUGAAUUCACCGUGACAACGGGCGCCGCAGCGACACCUCGUGCUCUGAAAUUGUGUAGAAAUGCAGCAGAUGUAUAAUUUGUUAGAACUUUUUAUAUGUUUGUAUCUGAAUGUAAAUAAAAUUUUAAACAUGCAAUCAGCAGCUAACGACGCAUCAUGUGACUGCGUCACAGCCGCCAUGACACUCACCUGUUAAAGUGGACCUGUUCUGCUCAUUUCCAUCAUUUUUUUUUUAGUCAAAUAAAAAAAGACAUCCAAAAACGUGAACACACACAUCUUAACACUGCCCCCUGGUGGUGAAAAAUACCUUUAACUAGAUUUAUUCUGAUUGGCUGAUUUGAACAACAGGUGGGUGGAGCUUCUGUUCCUGAGAUGACCAUACAAGUUCCUCUCUGUGACAUCAGAGAGACCCAAAAGUAGAGAAAGUGUGGUAAACGGGGCCUUUAGAGCUCACUCACAGACGUCAUUAUUAAAAGCUUUUCCAGGACAGGAAGUAUGACAGGAGGACGAGGAGCAGCAGAAUGAGUCCACUUAACUGUUGUGUAAUUAUUGAGCAGGAACCAGAGUCCAGUUUUGAAACUGUGAGUCUGAUCUCAGCGUUCAUGUGCUGUAACUUUAAUUAUCAGCCUGUUUGAGACCACACACACUCAAAGCUUCUGUUUGAACACUUUGAAAAAUGAUCCACAGAGUAAUAAGCGGAAGAUUAAAAACAUGAUCUCUGAAAAUGUUCCAGAAUUUGCCGUCCAAUCGUAACGCCUCUCAGACUGCCUGAAGAGCCUGUACAUAAAAGAUGGACCCAGCCAAUGUGUUCAUGUAAGAAAUAGCAGGACGCUGUCAAUCACAGAGUAGCCACACCCUAAAUCAUUUGACCCUGAAUUGGGACAAAAUCUAAACAAGAGUAAAACUGUAGACUGAGACCAUCAGGAAGAUUUUACUGAGGUUAAAAAUGAAGAGAGAAGCAGCUCGUUUUCCCACAGCCUGGCUGCUACAUGCAGCUGACUCAUUCAGACCGACGCACACGUCCAUCUUCUACGUACAGUCGCAGUCGAGGUCAGAUUUACUGCCGUUUUUUAUUUCAUGCUGCUGUGUUUGCAGGAAAUUAUUGAAUAAAAACAUUCAGACGUUGA